AUGGAGCUUAUUGUGUCACCUGCACUUGUGUUCUUGAUUCUGUCUUUGGCUGCUACUUUGGUCCUCAACUUUUCAUCCUCUCUUUUCUUGUUUUCAAUGUUCAACACCAUAAUCUUGGCUGUCGUUUUUGGAAAUUGUAGGCCCUCUGUGGAAGAAGUUGAUGGGGCCUGGUAUUCUUUCCAGUCUUCAUAUGAAGAUGGACAAGACUCAUACGAUAAUAUUGUUAAGGAUGAAGAUAAUGAUAGUGAUGUUGAUGAUGAUGAUGAUCAAAGGGAAAACUAUUUUUCUGAUGGCUAUGAUGAAGAUGAUGAUGAUAGUGGCAGCGAUGGUGAAAUUGGUUGGGAAGAUGAUGAUGAAGAAAUUGAUGAUAAUUUGCAGAGAAGAAUUGAAGACUUCAUUGCUAAGGUUAACAAAGGAUGGAGGGAAGAAUGGUUAAGGGAAAAUCAUCAGAAUCAGACGUCGAAGCUUGGCUAA